AUGUAUCAACAAUUCGCCGAUAAGACUUUCAUGUCGAUAUGUAGCGAAAAAACGCUACAAACCAACGAAAAAGGCUUUUUUCUUACAUUUGCUGACUUGGUAGCCGAAAAGGCCGGCGAAAAUUGGAUAAAAAAUGUUUUUGGGGCGCUGAAAACCGAUAGAGAACGUAUACGGAUCAUUUAUGAAGCACCCGAGACUAGAGAUACUGUUUUGGGAGUCUUAUCCAACGUUCAAGAAAUCUACCGUAAAAAAUCGUUGGAAAUUUCGGUAGCGAAGCGUAUAGAGGCCGAAAAUGCAGCAAAAAAUAAUGAUAUGCAAAAAUCGUUGAUAUUGUUCUCUCAAAGUAUAUUAAGAGCGCCCAAUAAAGGUGAUGCAUUAGUGCUAGCUCUCCUAGGUAGAUCCAAGAUUUUAGUUCAAGAAACAGACUACGAUUUGGCUCUAAACGACUUACAGCUAGCUCUAAAGGAAGGCCUACCGGGUACAUUAAAAAUUGAGGCUUUUUGGCGUAUGGGAAUAUGCUAUAAAGCUUUAAAAGAGGUGAAGAAAUCCAAUGUAGCAUUUCGAAUUGCGGAACAAUUUUUGGGUAGCGAUAAGAAGAAUCUAAAUCUCGAAGCGGAUAAAAACCGAGAGUAUGCUGUAAAGAAAAAAGUGGAUCGAAAAGUUGAACCGGCAUUGACAGGUGGACCACACAAGGAAUACCAGAAUGCAUCCAAAAAAAUAUCUGUUAAACGAGCUAAGGGGUUAGGUAGAUAUGUGGUGGCAAAUGAAGGGGUUAAAACCGGGGAAACCCUGGUGGUAGAGUCGCCAUAUUCAGCUUGUCUUCUUCCUGAAAUGUUUGGCACGCAUUGUUACCACUGUUUUGAAAGGUUCUUAGCACCAAUAGCUUGCCAGGACUGCUCCAACGUAGCCUUUUGCUCCACACUAUGCAGGGAUGAAGCCAAAUACCACCAAUACGAAUGUAAAUACUUGGAACUAAUGAUAGGAUCAGGUAUGAGCAUAUUGGCGCAUACUUCAUUGAGGAUGAUUACGCAAAAUAGUUUGGGAAAAAUCUUGGAUAUCUACAAUGAUAGAUCGAAAGAAAAGGUGUACUCCUUAUGUACAAACUCGACUAUAAGAUGCCCUGAAGACUUUUUACAAAGGACUUUGAUGGCAGCUUUCUUGUUGAGAUGUCUACAGAAGAGUGGUUACUUUGGAGACACAGAAAAAGUUCAUCCCUCAGAACAAGAGUUAAAAAUCGGCGAACUACUAUUGUAUCACCUACAGAUGCUUCAGUUUAACGCUCACGAGAUUUACGAAACCAGACACACCCCAGAAAACCGUUUUAGAGAAUCCAGGGCCGCUUACAUUGGCGUAUCAGUGUACCCCACAGUUUCUCUGUUUAACCACGAUUGUUGUCCAACUGUGGCAAGAUAUUUCGUGGGGAAAAAAAUCGUUAUUAAAGCGCUAAGACCGCUAGCUCCUAAUAACGUCGUAGCCGAGAACUACGGUCCCGUCUUUACACGCAAAACUUUGGCGGAAAGGCAGAGAUCACUUUCGUCCAGAUACUGGUUUUCUUGCCAGUGCGAAGCAUGUCGUCAAAACUGGCCGAGUCUUAGUACUGGACUCGACAACGUUGGCUCUAGGGUCAAAUGCUCAAACAAAAAAUGUAUCAACUAUUUUACCCUACCAGUUUCGAACAUAAAACUGAAAUGCCCAAAAUGCGAAAAUAUCGUCGACUUAACUGAAAACAUAAACAAAUUAAAAUGGUGCUUUGAACAAUAUGAAAUUGGAUUUAAGGCCCUGGACGAGCAAAAUCCUGAGUUGGGGAUCAAAAUUUUGUGCCCAGCUAUCGACGCAUUUUACAAGAUAUCACUAUAUAUUUUAUGCAACGUAAUAAACGCUAACUCUCACAAGAAAAUCUGCAAUUUCAUAGAAGACAAACUAAAGUGUUCGGAUCAUCUACCAAACGUACAGUACCCCAGCAAAGCGAAAAACUUGGAACUCAACAACAUAAAAUGGGUAUUGGAUUUCAAAGAUUUAUUCGAAAAAUUCCCGAACGUUACAAAUGUAACAAUUUAUUCCGGAUCCAUUGAAAAGUUAGUGCCACCAAACAGUAAUACCAAAUUGGAGACAUUACAACUAAAAAAUUUAAGGAUAAAACAGAUUUCCGACGAUUUCUUCCUUAACUUUACUGGACUGAAAACUUUAAACCUCGAAGGAAACCUUUUGGACGGGUUUGGAGAAAAUGUUACGUUUGGAAAUAUAUCGGAAUUGUAUUUAUCAAAUAAUAAAUGGAAUUGUACCAAAAACCUUACCUGGGCUUUGAAGUACGCCAAUAUCAUAAAAAAUCAAGCAGGGUUGUUUUGUGAAUUCGAGCCUUAUCCAAGAAAACCACUGUUCCCAAUUGCCCGAUUUUUAGAGGAUUUGGAAGUCGAAUGUCCAAAUACUUGCAACUGUGCGUUGCCCAAGGUCGUCCAAAACCCCAACUCGACCAGGUGGGAGCCUCUAAUACAUGUAAAUUGUUCUGGAAGGGGUCUAAAAGGGUUACCACAUAACAUACCAAAUGAAACCAUGGUGUUGCAUCUGGAAAAUAACGAAAUAUCCAAUCUGGACCUGCUAAGAACUUCGCGGUUGUACAGAAGUGUCACCGACUUAUUUUUGGACAAUAACACUGUAGAUAGUAUAGAUGAUUUGGAAGGAUCCUAUUGGCUGUCUCACUUUAGAGUGCUGUCUUUGAGUGGAAAUCGACUUACAGAGCUUCCUUCGUAUGCGUUGGAUAACGCCCUAACCAACAACCCUAACGCUUUUGCGGUCCAGGUGAGUCUUGGUGGGAAUCCCUGGCGAUGCGACUGUAUUUUCACGCCAGGUUUUCAAGAGUUGCUUCAAAAAUACGCUACUUAUGUCAAGGAUCUAAGGGAAAUCAAGUGUUCCUACGUAGAGGGAGAUGAAAAUUCACUAUUACCUAUUCUGGAUAUUUCCAGAAGUUCUGUAUGUCGUUACCCGAAUGAAUAUUCGGUGCAGGAAGCCCUGGAUUUGCUUAACGCUGUUCUAGCCAGCCUUAUUGUUUUUGUGUUGGGAAAAUUAGCGUACGAUUAUUAUCAUUUCAAAAAAACUGGAAAGCUGCCCUGGAUAGUUACCAAAAUACCUUAA